GCCUCUCCAAUAGUCUUCGGAGUUCUGUCAAACGCGAAAAAUUUACGACGUCGUCGUGAUUUGUUUUCACUCGGUGGUAUCUGGUUCCCAUACAUUUGGUCGGGGAAAAUAGUGAAUUUUCCGCUGUUUGUUGUGUUCUUUUUAGUGAAUUUGUUCGGACGAUAGUUUCGUAAUAUCAAUCCUGCCAUUGUGGACAUUUGCAAGUGGACCUAGGCUUCCGGGAAAGCUGCCAGCGGCCAAGGAAAUAGUCAAAGCAAACCCUGAGACGGGCGUUCGUUGUUUUCGAGUGUUAAAAUCUUUCGUACGUUUCCAAAAUGUCAUCCGGGCCAUAUAAUUAUAAUUACAUAUUCAAAUACAUCAUCAUUGGUGAUAUGGGCGUUGGAAAGUCAUGCCUUCUACAUCAGUUCACAGAGAAGAAAUUUAUGGCGAAUUGCCCUCAUACAAUCGGAGUUGAAUUCGGUACCAGAAUAAUUGAAGUAGCCGAUAAGAAAAUUAAAUUACAAAUCUGGGACACAGCGGGACAGGAACGUUUUCGUGCUGUGACACGAUCAUACUAUCGUGGAGCAGCCGGUGCUUUAAUGGUUUAUGAUAUUACAAGAAGGUCUACUUACAAUCAUUUAAGCAGUUGGCUAACAGACACAAGGAAUCUUACAAAUCCCAACACUGUGAUAUUUUUAAUUGGUAAUAAAUCGGAUUUAGAGAGUACGCGUGAAGUGACGUACGAGGAGGCAAAACAGUUCGCUGAUGAGAAUGGUCUGAUGUUUGCCGAGGCCAGUGCAAUGAACGGUCAAAAUGUCGAAGAAGCAUUUCUGGAAACUGCCCGUAAAAUCUACCAAAAUAUUCAGGAAGGACGAUUAGAUUUGAAUGCAUCAGAAUCGGGAGUACAACAUCGGCCGUCACAACCCGGUCGAACAUCACUAACAUCCGAUACUCCUAACAAUAAAGAUCAAUGCUCCUGUUAAACCUAAUUUAGUGAAAAGUGAAAAGUACUGUAUGGAAAUGAAACUCAUUUAUUGGUUUUGUCUUGAAUUUAACUAG